ACGGCCGGGUAGAUGCUCUAGCUCUGUCCUUGGCCAAGGAUGAGCUCGGCGCCUCCCACAAUCUCCGCGGACGCGAUCGCCAGGCUGAAGAAGAAGGAGGAUUUCCCGGAUUCCAAGGUCGUGGGGGGGGCGGCGGGCAAGGAAGGCUCGUCAUCGCCGGCGGCGGCUCUCCAGAACAAGACGGUAUGGUCAAACUUCCCCAAGGAUCUCAUCGCGGGCGGGCUGAUGGGCGGCGUGGCGCACACCAUCGUUGCGCCCAUCGAGCGCGCCAAGCUGCUGCUCCAGACGCAGGAGAGCAAUCUGGCGAUAAUGCAGGGACGGCAUCACCGCUACAAGGGGAUGAUCGAUUGCAUCUUCCGGAUCGCCAAGGAUGAGGGCGUGCUCUCCCUGUGGCGGGGGAAUGGAAGCAGUGUCAUGCGGUACUAUCCGUCACUAGCACUCAACUUUGCCUUCAAGGACUUGUACCGAUCGCUACUCAUCUCGGACAAGAACGACGCACUGUCAAGAGCACCCUUCAACUUCGUGGCCGGGGCCGCCGCCGGGUGCACCAGCCUCGUCUUCGUCUAUCCCCUGGACAUCGCCCACACGCGCUUAGCGGCCGAUAUCGGGAACCGCGACGCCAGGCAGUUCAAGGGACUCCUCCACUUCAUCAGGACCAUCUACCGCAAGGAUGGCACUCGCGGACUCUACCGGGGACUCCCAGCGUCCAUCCAGGGAAUGGUCGUGCACAGGAGCGUCUACUUUGGAGGUUUCGACACGGCCAAGGACUUGCUCUCGCGAGACUCCGAGCACCUCCCUUUCUGGAAACGCUGGCUCAUGGCUCAGGCGGCCACCACCUCCGCCGGCUUGAUCUCGUAUCCGCUCGACACCGUCCGGCACAGGAUGAUGAUGCAAGCCGGCCUGGAGAAGAGAAUGUACGUCAACACUCUGGAUUGCUGGAGAAAGAUUUACCGGAUGGAAGGGGUCUCGUCCUUCUAUCGUGGAGCCGUGUCAAACAUGUUGCGAGGAACCGGCGCUGCGCUCAUCCUGGUGCUCUACGACGAGCUCAAGUACCUGAUGAACUUGACGGUGCCGCUCGACAGUGGAAACAAGUGAGAUGAUCCGGCAGUGCAGCUCUUCUCAGUUUUGUAAAAAGAAAGCAACGUCGGGAGCGAGUUUUGCAGCAGCCUACCUAGCUCCUCCUCCCGGAAAGCUCUCUCUUUGUUGAUAGAAAGGGUCUGGAAGCGCGGCUAUAUUGUAAUAUAAUGUUAGCAUUCCAUCAAACAAAAGCAAAAGGCCUUGAGCUC